AGCCGUCUACAAGAGAAGCCCUUGGAUCACACGGUGUUAAAGAAAAGCCACAUGGAUGACGAGUUUGGAUAAAAACUGAAACAAAGUGGACGUUCAGCCCAGGGAGUCUUGCAUUGGAUCAUCCCCUGAAAUCUAAUCUGGAUAGCUGCUCUCACUGUUUGCCGCACGCGCUGUGGCGUUAGGCUUGAGUGGCGGUGAGGUUGGGGGUGGGGUCUGCGGCAGGAAGCAGUGGUUUGACUUGCAAAGUAGCACCCUCCGCAUAUGGAAUGGGCCCUGGUAUAACAGGCGGGCAGCGCCGGGUCAGUGGCAGCCCUGGGAGCUGAGACGCUGGGGACACGGUGGUGCUACGGCCUUUGUCACCCAGAGCCCAUGAAUAAGUGAUGAGGAAUGUUUCGAGCCACGAGGAGGUGUCAGGAUCAGACAGGCAGACGGACAGACGGCAGGACGGACACGCGGGCGGCGGCUGUGAUUGGCGGCUCGGCGGCAAGCUGGUGGAAGAUGUCGUCAGGAGCCGGCGGGAGGGGAGGGCGGCGGCUCAGGGGUACAGGGGCUGGGGGAGGAGGGGAGGCAGCGGAGGAGGGCCCCGUGGGAAUCCCCUUCCCCGAGCACAGCGCCGACAUCCUGGGAGGCCUCAACAAGCAGCGCCUCAGUGGCCUGCUGUGCGACGUGCUCCUGGUCACCCAAGAGAGGGAGUACCCUGCCCACCGUUCGGUCUUGGCCUCCUGCAGCUCCUACUUCCACAAGCUGUUCACUUCGGGGCCCACUGCCGACCAGCAGAACAUCUACUCUAUUGACUUUGUGGCUGCCGAUGCCCUGGGGGCCCUGCUGGACUUUGCCUACACGGCCACGCUGACCGUCAGCCACAGUACCGUCGGCGGGAUUCUGGCCGCCGCCCGCCUCCUGGAGAUCCCGCCCGUCCAGGAAGUCUGCACUCACCUGCUGGAAACCAAAGUGCUCUCCCCGCCGGCGGGCAGUGAGCGAGAGGAGGACGACGACGACGAGGAGGAGGGGAAGGGGAAUGGUCUGCGGGCCAGGGAGUAUCUCGAGUCCUUCCAGAGGGGGGCCCAGUGGAGUAGCAGCUGCAGCACGCCAGAGCUCAGGGACAUGCCCUCACACCUGCACUUUAACCACGGCAACGGGGCCCACAGCAACGGUGCCCCUGGUGGCCCUACUGAGUACUACGCUUCCCUGGCUCGCUCCCUGGCACAUGCCCCCACGGUGGACCCAGAGGACGAGGACGAGGAGGACGAGGAUGAGGGGGAGGCGGAGCACUCGGAGAGUGGCAGGGGAAUGCUAUCCUGGGCCAGGGGGAACGGAGGGGGGCCGGUCGCCCCGUUCUACGCCCCGGCCCAGAACGGACACUUCUACCUCCCCUUUGAGCCUAAACGGGACCCGGAGGACGAGGGGGACGAAGAGGGCGGGCGGGACGGGAAGGGUGGCUCGGCCAGCGCCCUCCUGCAGCAGAUGAUGGACUCCAUCGAGAGGCAGAAGGAGCGGGCCGAAGCCGGAGAGGAGCCGGGGGAAGGGGAGGACCCAGACGUGGAGUUUUACUUGAAUUACUUUAACAGCACGCACCACGAGGACCCCGCCACCUCCGCCAUGUCAGAGGGACUGCUGCCACUCUGGGCGUCACGGGGAGGCUCCGGCCAAGAGAGGGGGGCAGGGGAGAGGGGAGGAAGAGUAGGAGAAGAGAGAGAAGUGGGGGUCGGCGGCGAGAGGAAGAUGCGCUCCAAAGCCUUCCAGAAGUGCCCCAUCUGCGCCAAGGUCAUCCAGGGGGCGGGCAAGCUACCCCGCCACAUUCGCACGCACACCGGAGAGAAGCCCUACGAGUGCGCCAUCUGCAAAGUCCGCUUCACCAGGCAGGACAAGCUCAAGGUCCACAUGCGGAAGCAUACGGGAGAGAAGCCUUACCUGUGCGCGCAGUGUGGCGCUGCGUUCGCCCACAACUACGACCUGAAGAACCACAUGCGCGUCCACACAGGCCUGCGCCCCUACCAGUGCUCCAGCUGCUUUAAGACUUUUGUGCGCUCAGACCACCUGCACCGCCACCUCAAGAAGGACGGGUGCAACGGUAUCCCCUCCCGCCGGGGCCGAAAGCCUCGGGUGCGGGAUCCCGGGUUCCUGGAGGCCGCCGUGGAGCUGGCGGAACCCGGCCCUCGGAGCGGCAGGGGGAGGCGGCGGAUGGAGGCGGCUUCGACUGCGACGCCGGAGGAGGCCUCCAGAUCCCAUGCACACAGUCCUCAGCUCCAGCAGGCGGAGAGGGCAGGGGUGCCGGGGCCCUGAGACAUGGAGGGACGCCGGGCCCCGUAGUCAGACUGGGCCCCUGGAGUCAGAAGGGUCUCCCGCCGAAACCUGA